AUGGCGCUCGCGGCCAGAAUUGGCGCCCUGAUAGAUGAUCUGAUCGCUGCCACUGCUAAGGUCACACCCGAUCAGAAGGAUUCGGCCCGCGUCAAGAGCCUGAAGCGUCGCGUAGAAACGUCUUUUCACACAGGAACUCAUGGACGCACCGAUCAAUUCGCGGUGGCCAAGCAGCUGGAGGGGCUGCAGGAGAAGUUCCAAGUUCUGAACCGAGACGAGCUCGCCGAUGCUCUGCGCAUCCGUCUAUCGGAGCUGGACAACCGCAAGAUCUCGUGGUCGCCGGAGAUUCUCAGUUUAUUCCUGCAACUAUCCAAUCGCCCGGCUGUAUUUUCCAAAGUGGAUUGGCUCAAGACGUCUGCCAAUCUCAUUGAAGAGCCCGAGUCUCUCCCAUGGUCGGGGAUGAAUGCCCAGGGCCUCGCCUACAGCGACGAGAAUAUAUGGGAAGAGGUGGACUUCGCAGCUGACUCCUCUGAUGACGGCUUUUCGUCCAUCUCCAGUUGCAUGUCCAGCCCAAGGACCGUGCCUCAAACUUCUUACGCCCUGGAAAAGGGGUAUGUGGUCCCCGACGAAAUAUUCGUGCCGGUCGAGGAGGAAGACGUGGUUGUCUCCAUUGAGAAAGCUCAGUUCUGGAAAGCCGAGAACCAUUUGCCGACCCCAAAAGGCAAAGAGGACGCCUCUCGCACCAUCACGGAACUCCAACUGGCGAGAGAGGUGGUGUUCAUGUUGCAAGGGCUCCCAACGUCUAUCUUCUGGCGCCUCGACGACGAUAUCGAGGUAGAUCGCAGCUAUGCACUUGCACAUUCCUCGACUAAGGCGGUAUCAGCCUUGUUGCGCUCUUUCAUCGAGAUUGGUGCUAAGAUAGACGUUGUUCGACGCUUCACUACGGUACCUCAAUCAGUUCCUUACAUGCAGACCUUUUGUCGAGGAAUUGAAGAGCGUCUACUCGAAUUCGACAAAUCUCUCUCCCAGAUUCAGUGCCAGUAUCUGACCCCCGGGUCUACGAUCAGCUUACUGCAGCUCCUGGAUGAUGUCCGCCGACACUCCCGGCAGCUGGGGUUGUUGGCGGAUCUAAUCGCUCGCCUGGGCCAAGACGCGGCUGAUCAGCCAAUGCGCUGCCUGGACCUGCUAUAUGAUUUGAUUUGCAUGUUGGAAGCCCUCGGUGAUGACAAUGCCUUGCCAGCUCUCGCUGAGCUAUUCUACACAUGCUUCAAAACAUACAUGCGAUCAAUUCAGGCCUGGAUGGAAAGCGGGCACAUCGACCCGGCAGACUGCACAUUUUUUAUCAGGGAGAAUAGCGCAAACGCUGACCUGAGAUCACUCUGGCAUGACUGGUAUAUCCUAGAUGAGGGCCCUCGGGGCCAGAACAUCCCCCGGUUUCUCGAAAUCAGCAUCCAGAAGGUCUUUACCACCGGUAAGAACAUGGUGUUCCUGCGUCAUCUCAACGCACUCCAGGAAGAGUCACUUGACAAACAUGCCGUUACACUGGAAAAUGUCCUCCCGUCUCACUCGUCCUCUUCCCUCUCACUUCCCUUCUCUGUCCUUGUCCAGUCUGCUCUGGAGAGACUGGUGGAUGCGAAUCACUCAGUCAGCGCCGGGUUACUACGACAGGAGCUCGACGAACAAUGCGGGUUGUGGGCCUCUCUUGAUACCCUCCAGCAUGUCUACCUGGGGAAAGAUCUGAGCGUCCUCAGCAUGAUUGACACCAAAGUUUUCGAGCUGAUAGAUAGGGGUCGAUCUUGGAAUGACAAACUCCUACUCACCGAGGUGACAAGGGCCGCAUUCAGUACAGUAGGCAUGAUCGAUCCAUCGAGACUGGUCGUUCGACUAAAUGGCGGUUCUUCCCAUUCCCGACAAGUCCACGAUCGAACAGUCAAAAUCCUUGAGACCAUCUCAAUCGAUUAUAUUCUGCCCUGGCCUGUGGCAAAUAUAAUUUCUGAGGGUGCAAUCCAAUCGUAUCAGCGCAUCUCCGUCUUCCUGAUGCAGAUACGACGAGCCAAGUACGCGAUUGUCAAACAACGCCUCCGAAACGCCCGCAACACCACGGAAAGUGACGCAGAUGAUACACUGGCACAUGCCCUCCACCACAACUUACUUUGGUUCCUCGACUUUCUAUACGGCCAUAUAACGUAUCUCGUCAUCUCCAGCGCAGCCCAAACCUUACACUCAGCACUAUCAAGCGCCGAAGACGUCGACGCCAUGAUCGCCGCGCACAAGGUCUACAUGUCCUCCCUCGAAGACCAAUGCCUCCUGUCAGAUAAUCUUUCCCCGAUUCACGACGCUAUCAUAAACCUCCUCGAUCUCUGCGUCCGGUUUGCAGACCUGCAGACCGUGCAUUCGUGGGAUGCCCAAGAUCGGAUGGUGGAGGAAAGUCAUAUUGGAAUAUCAAAGGCGUAUCGCCGAACCAGAGUUCGGGAGGAAGAGGAUGUCGACUCUGACUCCGAUGAGGACCUUGACCAUGAACAAACGCUGAUGGUCUCAUUCCGGGAUUCGCCAUAUGAUUACCAGUUGCGAACGGUACAGCGCCAAUUCGAGCACCUCGUCUCUUUCAUCGCCGAUGGGUUGAAAGGCGUUGCUCGUGCAGAUGGACAGCCGAGCUGGAAUAUUUUGGCUGACCGGUUGGAGUGGAGGAAGGGCUUGGUGAAAUUUUGA